GAGACAGACGCCGGACACGCGGAUCCGGCGGCAGAGGAGGACCGGGACGGACGGGUGCGGGAUCCGGACUCCUUCUCUGCUCUCCGCGCUCCGGCUCUCAUGUCCGCGGCGCCCGGUCCGAGCCCGAGCGGUGAGACGGACUCCUGCGAAGAAACGACGCGGGAUUAUUAACAGGCUGGGGGGUCGCGAGGCGGCUGUCCUGCCCGGGAGCUUCGUUCAUUCUCUCCCUUGUUCCCCCCACGGGACUUAUGCGUGACUGCGAGCGCCGCCCUGCUCCUCGUUGCACCUGGAGGCGCAGCUCCCGCGGCGAGCGGCUCCCUUGAAAGGCGCCUCGGAGGUCCCGGCCGGCGGUCCGAGAGGAUGCGUCGUCCCGCGGGGCUCGAGCUGCUCUGCCUCGUGCUGGCGUCGGCGGCCGGGGGCUGCGCGGCCAUCGGUUCGAUGGACCCCGAGCAGCCGGGGGACGGCCGGUGCCAGCACAUCGAGAUCCCCCUGUGCAGGGACAUCGGCUACAACAUGACCAAGAUGCCCAACCUGAUGGGCCACGCGGACCAGGGCGAGGCCGCCAUCAAGCUGCACGAGUUUGCGCCGCUCAUCGAGUACGGCUGCCACAGCCACCUCAAGUUCUUCCUGUGCUCGCUGUACGCGCCCAUGUGCACGGAGCAGGUGUCCACGCCCAUCCCCGCCUGCAAGGUGAUGUGCGAGCAGGUCCGCCUCAAGUGCUCCCCCGUCAUGGAGCAGUUCAGCUUCCGCUGGCCCGACUCCCUGGACUGCUCGCGGCUGCCCAGUAAGAACGACCCCAACAACCUGUGCAUGGAGGCCCCCAGCAACAGCUCCGAGGAGCCCGCCAAAGGUCCCCAUACGCAGCCCCCGGACUUCCGCCUCCACCGCUCCAGCGGCGGCCAAGAACUCCAGAUGAAGGACAGCGGUGGCCGCAAGACGUGCGCCAACCCCGACAAGUUCCACUACGUGCAGAAGAGCGAGUCGUGUGCCCCGCGCUGCUACCCGCGCGUGGACGUCUACUGGAGCCAGGGCGACAAGCAGUUCUCCCUGUUCUGGAUGUCCGUCUGGUCCAUCCUCUGCUUCGUCUCCAGCUCCUUCACGGUGCUCACCUUCCUGGUGGACCCGCAACGCUUCAAGUACCCGGAAAGGCCCAUCAUCUUCCUGUCCAUGUCCUACUGCGUGUACUCGGUGGGCUACCUGGUGCGACUUUUCGCGGGGGCGCACAACAUCGCCUGCGACCAGGACAACGGAGUCCAGUACAUCAUCCAGGAGGGCCUGGAGAGCACGGGCUGCACCAUUGUCUUCCUCAUCCUCUACUACUUUGGCAUGGCCAGUUCCCUGUGGUGGGUGGUGCUCACGCUCACCUGGUUCCUGGCGGCAGGUAAGAAGUGGGGCCACGAGGCCAUCGAGGCCAACAGCAGCUACUUCCACCUGGCCGCCUGGGCCAUCCCCGCCGUGAAGACCAUCAUGAUCCUGGUGAUGAGGAAGGUGGCGGGCGACGAGCUCACGGGGGUCUGCUAUGUGGGCAGCAUGGACGUGAAGGCCCUGACCGGCUUCGUCCUCAUCCCGCUCUCCUGCUACCUGGUCGUCGGCACGUCCUUCCUGCUCUCGGGCUUCGUGGCCCUCUUCCACAUCCGCCGGGUCAUGAAGACGGAGGGGGAGAACACGGAUAAGCUCGAGAAGCUCAUGGUGCGCAUCGGCGUGUUCUCCGUGCUCUACACCGUUCCCGCCACCUGCGUCAUCGCCUGCUACUUCUACGAGAGGCUCAACAUGGACUACUGGCAGAUCAAGGCCCGGGAGCAGACGUGCGUGGAGGGGGGCGGGCAGGAGCCCGAGGCCUGCGUGAUGAAAAGCUCCAUCCCGGCCGUGGAGAUCUUCAUGGUCAAGAUCUUCAUGCUGCUCGUGGUGGGCAUUACCGGCGGCAUGUGGAUCUGGACCUCAAAGACGCUCCAGUCGUGGCAGAACGUUUUCAGCCGGAAGCUCAAGAAGCGGGUGCGGAGGAAGCCCGCCAGCGUGUUUGCCAACGGCGGCCCCUACAUCAAGCCUCACGCCCCCCUCAAGGGGCGCAACAGCAAGUACGAGCCGGCGGGGGCCCCGCCCACAUGCGUGUGACCCGCCGGCCCGAAAACUCUCCGUCGAGUUUUACUCAGAAGGGGGGCGAGCGAGCGAGCGAGCGAGCGAGCGAGCCUUCGGAAGCGCGGCGCCAACGACGCGGACGCCUUAAAGCGGCGACGAUAGCGGCGCCUCGACUCGCCGAGCCUUCGGCUCGUUCCCCGGAGAGAGGGCGACAUCGCUUACCACUUGUACCCCGUUACGGCACCCUCGGAGGACCGCAGAAGGGCCCGACGCAGCACUUCAAUUACUGGUUAAGAACCGCAAUCUCAAAGCAGAACGAAUGUGCCGACUGAAAAGAUCGUCAUCCGUUUCCCGAGCAAAGUAUGUUCAUCAGUGUCCCUCCACGCAACGCAGCGUUGAUCGCCGAACAUGCGAUCGAUCGUCUUUCCUCUUCCGUUCGGGGCUCACGGCGGACGUUGAGGUUCGCGGCGGACCGGAGCCGUCGCCUCGCCGCGGACGGCCUGGGGUUCGACCCCCGCCUGCCGCUGCGUUUCCCUGCUAAACUGAUACUGAAGUGACGCAACAA